GUAUGGUCGGCUAAGUGUGAGGCCAUGGUCGCUAGGCUCUUUUUUAAGCCUUAAGAUUAAAUAUUUGGGUUGUGAUAUGAACUAAAUAUUCUGGUUCUACAGGUUUCAUGAGACUCAUAGCGACAGACCGUCGAGUUGCAACUCUUUAAACCACAUUAUCUGUUUACCUGAGAGCCUAACACGGCUCAGAGUGUACAGUGGGGACAGUAGGAACUCCGGGGAGUUUUAGGUUUAUCUCCCCAUGACAACGUUUCACCAUGGUGACUGCGGCUCCAACAGUGAUGCCGAGUGGGCGACCUCUGAUGAUGAAAGAAAUAUAGAGGAAGUUGAGGUUGCUGAACUUGGGCCACUGCUGAAGAGUCCAGAAAAUUCUGAGUCAAAAGGUGCCUCAGCGUGUCCCGACGAAGAUGAGGAUGAAGAAGGUUUGCUGGUGGUUACACUGCCCAUGCAGGCGCACCAUGCCAUGGAGAAGAUGGAGGAGUUUGUGCACAAGAUAUGGGAAGGACGCUGGAGAGUUAUCCCAUUCCAUCUCCUUCCAGAUUGGCUAAAGGACAAUGAUUACCUGCUGCAUGGACACCGCCCACCCAUGCCCUCCUUCCGUGCUUGUUUUCGAAGCAUCUUCAGAAUUCACACAGAGACUGGAAACAUCUGGACACACCUGCUAGGCCUAAUUUUCUUUGUGUGUUUGGGAACACUAACUUUGCUUCGACCAAGCAUGUCGUUCAUGGCUCCCGUGCAAGAGAAGGUUGUGUUUGGGAUGUUCUUCUUGGGCGCAGUGCUCUGCUUGUGUUUCUCAUGGCUUUUCCACACUGUCUACUGCCACUCCGAAAAAGUCUCCAGAACAUUUUCCAAAUUGGAUUACUCUGGUAUUGCUUUGUUGAUAAUGGGCUCGUUCGUUCCGUGGUUGUACUACUCAUUUUACUGCUCUCCUCUGCCGCGGCUCAUCUAUCUCUCUGCCGUGUGUGUGCUGGGUGUAUGUGCAAUUGUUGUUGCCCAGUGGGACCGCUUCGCCACCCCUCGCCACCGGUCCACACGUGCAGGUGUGUUUCUGGCCCUUGGCUUGAGUGGGAUCAUUCCCGCAGUGCACUUUAGUAUAGCAGAGGGUUUUGUAAAGGCAACAACAGAAGGUCAGAUGGGCUGGUUCUAUCUGAUGGGUGCCAUGUACAUCAGUGGAGCAACACUUUAUGCAGCACGGGUACCUGAACGCUAUUUCCCUGGAAAGUGUGAUAUCUGGUUUCAGUCACAUCAGAUAUUCCACGUGUUGGUUGUCGGUGCAGCAUUUGUCCAUUUUUAUGGAGUCUCAAACCUGCAGGAGUUUCGCUAUGGUUUGGAAGGGGGAUGCACAGAUGACACGCUGCUUUAAAAUAAGCUAAUCUCUACAUUAUUUAUCACAAACCAUGUGAACUGUGGCCAGUGCCUGCGCACUUUACAACACGCUUUGAUCCAACACAAUACUGAUUUGAAGAUUUGUAUUAACUCUGCAGGAUUUUAACUUAUUUUGGAAUAAGAAAUGUUUAUUUGUUGAAAUAUUGGUAAUUCUUAAUAGAUGAUGCAGUCUUUUGUUUAGAUUGUUCUGUAGUGCAUAUUGUGAAUCACUGGAAUAAUCAAAAUGUCAUGAUGCAACAUUGUAAGUGUUGAGAGACACUACCUCCUACAGUAUAUGAUUUUCUGACUCAUUAGUUUAUGUAAUCUACAGGGUGGUUUUACAUGUAAGAUUUUAAUUGCUGGUCAGUGUUGUACCUUGUAAAUCAAAUCAUUGAUUUAAGAGAAACGCACACAAACAUGUUUCGGUGUCAGUUUUCAUCGCAUUAUUUUGUUAUAAUUUCUUGACUUUUGACCUAAAACGACUCAUAACUACAGCAGGUAACUAGCUGGGAUUCUCUUUGGAUGUUACCUUACCUGAAUCAAGGUCUUAGUCCAGACUACUUGCAGUGUUUUGGGUGUUCAUAAAAGACUAUCUAUUUACAAACAGCAGAAUAAAGAUGACACCACGAUAAUUGGUUUCUAAUGUUA